UUAUCAAUAUUAUUAUUUAUUUUUAAUUCUAAUGCAUAAAUUUCCAACACAACGAUUAUUUAUUAUAAUUUGAAAUGACCGCGUCAUUCCAUAUUAUAGCCGUCGAUAGUAUCGAGAGUAUCUAGAAGUUUAGUUUUUGUGUAUCAACCAGACAAAACAUAUGGGCACCAUUUAUAAACAAUGGAGAUAUUUGCAACGUCCCAGUGGUUCAGCCAAAUAUACACAAUGUGCUAAGUAAAACGAGACGCGGACUAUGAAUAACUACAGAUACCAUGGCGGGGCCGGAGGAGUUGGAGGCUACUAUGGCAUUGAAGUACGCGAAGUGCAUCAUCAGCGCAUCCCGUACCCACAUCACUUCACAUUUGUUAGCUCCUAUGUGAAGUACAUGAUAUUUAUGUUGAAUUUCAUGUUUUGGCUAUUCGGUGGGCUGCUGCUAGGCAUCGGCAUCUAUGCGUUCAUGGACAAAUGGAUAGAGGCCAAUGGCUUGGUCAAGUUGGAGAACAUUUAUGAUGUAGUGCUCAACAUAUCGCUGGUCAUGAUUAUUACGGGCAUUGUCAUCUUUAUAGUUAGCCUAGCUGGCUGCUUGGGUGCCCUUCGUGAAAAUACCUCUCUGCUGAAGUUUUAUUCACGUUGCCUGCUAAUAUUCUUUCUCAUGGAAAUGGUCGUAGCCAUCAUCUGCUUUGUGUUUCCACAACACAUGAACGAGUUUGUGGAAUAUCAGUUCACCGAUAAGAUCAUACACUACUAUCGCGAUGACCCAGAUUUGCAGAAUUUCAUUGAUUUUGCGCAGCAGCAGUUUAAGUGCUGUGGCCUCAGCAACGCUGGCUACCAUGACUGGAACAAAAACGAAUAUUUUAACUGCUCAUCGCCAUCGGUAGAGAAAUGCGGCGUGCCAUACAGUUGCUGCAUCAAUGCCACUGAUAUUAUGUGCGGAUAUGCGGUGCAGCAGGAAUCUGUGGCAGCUGCCAGCAAAUUGAUCUGGACCAGUGGCUGCAUUGAAAUCGUUCGCGUCUGGGCUGAACGCAAUCUCUAUAUGAUUGCGGGCGUUGCCCUUGGCAUUGCUCUCAUCCAAUUACUGGUUAUAUAUUUAGCCAAAACUUUAGAGGGUCAAAUCAAAUUGCAGAAGUCGCGCUGGACCAAUUAAUUGGGCGCUAUAGGAGAUUACAACAGGAAUGCCUUACUUUGAAAAAUCAUCGUGUGUCAUAUUUAUAAUGCCCUUAAACUUUGCGUAAUCGAUUCGAUUCUUUGUGUUUGCAAUAUAAUUUUUGUAAACUAGGAUUUCUUUUCAUCCUUAUUGUGUUAUCAGCGUCAUAUUAUUUUUGCGUUUUUCAAAAUUUUAAUUAAAUUGUGUUUUCAACACAGCACAACUCAUUUGUUGUGUUAUAUAAACAAAAGAUGAUUACUUUUGAAAUAUUAAAAUACCUGUCUUUAACGCAUAAUUACGCAUUUUUGCAAAAUUACAAAUGUAUUACUAUGAACAUGUUUCGGUUUUUAGAGGCUGAUAUUAGUUUCUAAGUCUUCAGCUUAUAAACAAAACAUAUAAAGUUAAAUUACAAUAAAUAUAACGCGUAUCCAUAUACAUAAUGCAUACAAUAUACAACUGAAAA